GAAUAUCAAGGGUCUGCUUUAAAAUUAGAAGACAUGAUGGAACCUCAAAUUCGUCUAUACAACUUCUCGCGCUACAGAGCAUCUUCAAACUGCAAACACUUUACGAUGAUCAAUCGUCCAACUACGAAGAUCGCAAUACCUCCAAUGAAGUGUAACCGUACAACGACGAACGUCGGCCUAAUCAGGAAGGCCUGCGACGCUAGCUUAUUUCUCGAUAUAGAAUGGGGGAAACGGCUUAGUUCCAUCUCUACUACUGGUGGAGCAUCUCGAUCUAGUGUCUCAACAAAGCUGCCUAAAGAGAAGAUCGAUGACAUAAUUGGCAAUGGUUUUGGCAAUGAAAUGAUUUCAGAUGAUAUUGAGGUGGAAGUACAAAAGCCAAUUGCCCAAACAAAAAAUACUUGACAGGACAACAACAUUGAAGCAAAGAAGAAAAAAGUGAAAGUGCGGACCAGAUUUAAGGAAGUUCUUGUUUGAGACUAAGACUUGGAUGUUGUUGUUGUACAUAUAUAAAUAAUGUUAUGUCUUGAAAUUCUAUUAUGCCACGGUUGUUCGUUUUUAAGUAUGUAUGUCUCACUCCUUAUGGUAAAACUUUUGGUCAUUUGGUGGUAGGAAGUUUAGUGUUUUUAUUUUUUAAAUGUUGUUCUGCAAAAAGUUAUGAAUUUUCACUUAUUUGAUACAGAUUUUAGAUUAGAAGUUACAAACUAUUAAAUAUAAUAAUUAAAUAUAAUAAUGACAGUUGUUGUAGUAAGG